AGUGGUUUUAGUCAAAUCAGCAACUGUUGAUGGCACGUUUUUCCGUUUUUCGCUAAAAUUGUACGUUUUAUUGUAAUUAUUUUCUCCUUAUAUAAUUGGGUGUAUUUUUGUGUGGACGUCGAUUAACUGGCAAGGUUGGAAUUAGUAGUGUGUUAGUUAUUUCACCGGAUAUGUCUGUGUCACCAAAUCAUCCGCCAUUUUCUUUGUUUGGGUUAGGGAACCGUUUACGUUUCCUCUAAAAUCGCCAAUUUUCUCUUGGAAAAGACCCAAAAACGGCCUCUCAGAUGAAGAUGAAACUGGUAGAUCAGGUUGUCAGGAGUUUCCGCGUGGCGAAAGUGUUCCGGGAAAACACCGACAAAAUAAAUAGCAUUGACUUUUCGCCGAGCGGUGAGACUUUAAUUUCGUGCAGCGAAGACGAUCAGAUCGUUAUUUACGACUGCGAAAAGGGCACUCAAGUCCGGACUGUGAACAGCAAAAAAUACGGAGUCGAUUUGAUACAUUUCACACAUGCUAAAAAUACCGCCAUACAUAGCUCAACUAAAGUCGACGACACGAUCAGAUACUUGUCUUUACACGACAAUAAAUACAUUCGGUAUUUUCCCGGGCAUACAAAAAAAGUUGUCUCGCUGUGUCUAUCACCGGUUGAGGACACGUUCCUGUCGGGAUCUCUGGACAAGACAUUGAGAUUGUGGGAUUUGAGGUCCCCAAAUUGUCAGGGGCUGAUGCACUUGUCGGGGAGACCUGUGGCGGCGUACGACCCCGAAGGGCUCAUAUUUGCCGCUGGAGUCAAUUCUGAAAGUAUCAAACUUUAUGAUUUGCGCUCCUUUGAUAAGGGACCCUUCGUUACCUUCAAGUUGACGCAAGAGAAGGAAUGCGAUUGGACCGGCUUGAAGUUUUCCCGGGACGGUAAAACAAUCCUCAUCAGUACAAAUGGGUCAAUUAUCAGACUGAUUGAUGCUUUCCAUGGGACCCCCUUGCAGACCUUUACUGGUCACUUGAAUAAUAAGGGAAUUCCAAUUGAGGCGUCUUUCAGUCCUGACUCUCAAUUUAUAUUUAGUGGUUCAACUGACGGUCGCGUGCAUGUCUGGAAUGCAGACACUGGAUACAAGGUCUGUGUUUUAAACGCUGACCAUCCUGGACCUGUCCAGUGUGUCCAGUUUAAUCCCAAAUACAUGAUGCUAGCAUCGGCUUGCACAAACAUGGCUUUUUGGCUUCCAAGUAUCGAGGAUACGUAAAAGGUCACUUUUCGGGCGUUUACUCAACUUUGAAACUGAAAAAGUUUAAGACCGUCCAAGGCAGAAUGCGGUAAACAUUGCAUUUUAGUUUGGUUUUAAAGCUAAAAUGUAAUGCUAGAUUAAGUCUUAAAUUUUUACAGUAGGAUUCUAAAACGAAUUUUUUAUUUUGGAAUUUUGUGUACCUGUGUGUUCUUUUUGGAGCGAAUCAAGUACGUUGUAAAUAUUUGUUCCCUCUAUAGGUUUUAUGUAUCGUUUAUAAAGAAAAUUAUAUAAAUUAUUUUUAUAACAAAAAUUGCAUUUUUUUCAAGGGCUUGUCAAGUCGGUUUUAAAGAAUUGGUGGUAAAUGUGAUAAUAAUUGUAGAAACUAACAUUAAAAGUGUUUUUAUCAUAGUGGUUUCAGUUGUAUAAGGGUCCUGUGUCUAAUACAUUUCAAGUUAUCAGUAUUUGUUUUUGUGAUAGAUUAGGAUCUUUUUUAAUCAUAAUACAUUUCCAGACUGAUGUGCACACAUAGAUUUUAUUUUAUAUUAUUGAAAAGUUGUGUUCUUUUACACCUCUAAUAAUUAAAAACUAAUAAUCAAA